GGCGCGCGCGUUUCGGCAGAGCGUUGUCGCGCCCCAGCACGUCGGCAUGCGUCUUGCGCGCGCACGCUACCCGCCGCGACCUGCGCCCGCGCGGCCCGCACGCGCCGCCCGCACCGCUAUACUCAUCCUGGCCACCAUCGGCACUUUGGGAGCCACCCGAAUAAUACCCGAUACUCAGCAAUUAGAAAUAGUGUGUCAAGAGCGUGUGAGCCAGCGGUGCUGGAUAUGGCAGCUCGCAGCUGGCGACGUCAGCCGAGCCGAGAAGAAACUGCACCGGGUCCCCCCGCAGUAUGCAUGCGGCAUAAGCAACUCUAAAUCAUCGCAUGAUCAUAAACAAAUAUUGAUCUACUCUCCGGGUAACGAUGUUACGGUGACAACAUGUAAAAGAACGAUCCAUCUACCAAUGGACUCUUUGAACAACUGGAGCUUAGAUCACCAGAUAGGACCAAGACAACGCAGACAGGCUCCGUAUAGAGGAAGGUUCAGAGGACAGACUCAAUCACAAUAUUUGGCAAUAGAACAAGGAGCAAAGGAUGAAGGCAAAGCGGAAGCGAUUUCUGCAGCAGAUACAUCUAAAGCUGUUGUCAGUGGCAGAAGCGGUAUGGGCCAAGCUCAAAGUCAGUCCAUGUACGAUCCCAGUUGCGAUGAAUGUGUUGAUCGCUACGCACCUGAUGUAGGAAGUUUACGACGUCCAACAGGGGGCAACGAAAGAAUACCUGCUGGUGGAGACUGGAAUCAAGGAGGGGGUCCGGGUAGUUAUAUAGGUGGCCCUGGUAGCCAUGGAAGGGGACCAGGUAGUUAUGGGGGUCCAGGUGGUAAUGAGGGGGGACCGGGAGCUUAUGGCGGAGGACCAGGUAGUUUAGGUGGACCAGGUCCAGGAGGUGUAGGCGGUCCGGGCACCUACGGAGGUGGACCUGGAGGUGUAGGAGGUGCACCUGUAGGCGUAGGGGGCGGUCCGGGCACCUUCGGAGGUGGACCUGGAGGUGUAGGAGGUGCACCUGGAGGUGUAGGGGGCGGUCCGGGCACCUUUGGAGGUGGACCUGGAGGUGUAGGAGGUGGUCCGGGCACGUACGGAGGUGGACCUGGAGGCGUAGGGGGCGGUCCGGGCACCUUCGGAGGUGGACCUGGAGGUGUAGGAGGUGCACCUGGAGGUGUAGGGGGCGGUCCGGGCACCUUUGGAGGUGGACCUGGAGGUGUAGGAGGUGGUCCGGGCACGUACGGAGGUGGACCUGGAGGCGUAGGGGGCGGUCCGGGCACCUUCGGAGGUGGACCUGGAGGUGUAGGAGGUGCACCUGGAGGCGUAGGGGGCGGUCCGGGCACCUUUGGAGGUGGACCUGGAGGUGUAGGAGGUGGUCCAGGCACGUACGGAGGUGGACCUGGAGGCGUAGGGGGCGGUCCGGGCACCUUCGGAGGUGGACCUGGAGGUGGUCCAGGCGCCUACGGAGGUGUACCUGGAGGUGUAAGCGGCGGUCCGGGCACCUACGGAGGUGGACCUGGAGGUGUAGGAGGUGGUCCGGGCACGUACGCAGGUGGACCUGGAGGCGCAGGGGGCGGUCCGGGCACCUUCGGAGGUGGACCUGGAGGUGUAGGAGGUGGUCCGGGCAUGUACGCAGGUGGACCUGGAGGCGCAGGGGGCAGUCCGGGGUCCGGGCACCUUCGGAGGUGGACCUGGAGGUGUGUAAGCGGUCCAGGCAGCUACGGAGGUGGACCUGGGGGUGUAGGUGGUCCGGGCACGUACGGAAUUGGACCUGGAGGCGUAGGAGGCGGUCCGGGCACCUACGGAGGUGGACCAGGAAGUGUAGGCGGCGGUCCGGGCACCUACGGAGGUGGACCUGGAGGAGUAGGGGGCGGUCCGGGCACCUACGGAGGUGGACCUGGAGGUGUAGGCGGCGGUCCGGGCACCUACGGAGGUGGACCUGGAGGUGUAGGCGGCGGCCCGGCGUACCCGGUGUUCCAGUAG